AUGGCUAGAAAAACUGCUGGUGUUCUGGGGGCUACUGGCUCCGUCGGUCAAAGAUUCAUCUUACUACUAAACAACCAUCCGGACUUCGAGUUGAAGUUCUUAGGUGCCUCUCCAAGGUCUGCAGGAAAGAAAUAUAUCGACGCUGUCAAUUGGAAACAAACUGACCUGCUGCCAUCUUUCGCAGAGGAUAUCGUUGUCUCCGAAUGUAAUCCAGAUGAUUUCAAAGGUUGUGAUAUCGUUUUCUCAGGUUUAGAUGCAGACUAUGCUGGCCCAAUUGAGAAGGCUUUUGUCGAAGCAGGUUUCGCUGUCGUCUCAAACGCUAAGAACUACAGAAGAGAAAAAGACGUGCCAUUGAUCGUACCAAUUGUGAACGUCGAUCAUUUAGAUAUCGUCGCCAAGAAAAUUGAAGAUGCGAAGGCAAACAAUAAUGAGAAACCAGGUUUCAUCGUAUGUAUCUCUAACUGUUCCACAGCAGGUUUAGUUGCUCCGUUGAAACCACUAGUAGAACAAUUCGGUCCUAUCGACGCUUUGACGACAACCACAAUGCAAGCUAUCUCCGGUGCUGGUUUCUCUCCAGGUGUACCAAGUAUUGAUAUCCUAGAUAACGUCAUCCCUCAUAUCGGAGGUGAAGAAGAUAAGAUUGAAUGGGAAACCAAGAAAAUCUUGGGCACUUUAGCAAAUGAAAGGACUCAUGUCAAUCUAUUAUCAGACGAAGAAAUUAAAGUAUCAGCACAAUGUAAUAGAGUCGCUGUCUCAGAUGGCCAUACAGAAUGCAUCUCUUUAAGAUUCAAAAAUAGACCAGCUCCAUCAGUGGACCAAGUCAAGGACUGUCUAAGAGAUUACGUCUGUGACGCUUAUAAAUUAGGUUGUCAUUCAGCUCCAAAACAAACUAUUCACGUCUUGGAACAAAACGAUAGACCGCAACCAAGAUUGGACAGGAACAGAGAUGCUGGUUACGGUGUCUCCGUCGGAAGAGUCAGAGAAGAUCCCCUAUUGGAUUUCAAAAUGGUUGUUCUAUCUCACAACACCGUUAUCGGUGCCGCUGGUGCAGGUAUCUUGAUUGCAGAAAUCUUACUCGCAAAGAACUUGAUCUAA